CGCAGGGCAGCGCUUCCGCUUCCCGCCGCUGCGGCGGCCCCGAGGCUCCGCUUCCCUCCCCCCCCCUUCCCCUCCGCCGCGGCGGCAGCGCGGCCAUGGCCAGUUACACCAAAGCGGCGCAGCAAUGGGCUACUUUUGCCAGAGCCUGGUAUCUUCUUGAUGCAAAGAUGCAGCCACCAGGAAAGAUAGCAGCUGCGACUGUAAUCAGACUUGAAGGCAGGAAUAAACCUAUUUAUCAUGCACUAAGUGAUUGUGGAGAUCAUGUUGUCAUAAUAAAUACAAGACAUAUUGCCUUCUCUGGUAAUAAAUGGGAACAGAAAGUAUAUUCUUCACACACUGGCUAUCCUGGUGGUUUCGGACAAAUGACGGCAGCUCAGCUCCAUUUGAAGGAUCCAACUGCUAUUGUUAAACUGACUAUUUAUAGAAUGCUUCCAAAAAACCUUCAGAGAAGAACUAUGAUGCAGAGGCUGCACCUGUUCCCAGAAGAUGUUAUUCCAGAAGAUAUAGAGAAGAAUCUUCUACAAGAGAUUCCUCAGCCACGUGCAGUCCCCAAGAGGUUAGAUGAAUAUACACCAGAAGAAAUUGCUGCCUUUCCAAAGGUUUGGACUCCACCCAAAGAUUUUCGAAGAAAGUAAUAACAAUAAAAGAAGUGGUGCCAUUGGGAAUGUCUCUCCUCCUUGAAAAAAAAGUACUAACGUGGAAGCAUCUGUGCAUCUCGGUCAAAUCUUUUUUUACAGAAUGUUUUUGACUGAUGUUAGCAAACUGUAUUUGGAAAGAUUAUAAAAGUUACUGUAUUUGAAACAGCUAACAAUAGAUAUUAUAUUGUUAAUACCACCUGUACUCUGUGUUGUAUGGCCUGGUAUUUGUUAAUUACAUUUGUUUUAAUAUUAUUAUUAAAGAAUUGAUAUAUUUUAAAUCAA